CCUCUGCUUGUUAAGUGGUUUGAGCUCUUAGGCGUGAGGCAUUAUUACAUAAAUUCAAGCUCGCUCCAGAUCCUUAGUACCCUGAGUUGCCUCAAGGGGGUAAUGGCACUGCCUGCGUGUGCAGCCCGGGCGCUCGGGCCGCCGUUGCAACCGGAGCGAGAAGCGCCCGCCCGCACCACCUGUCCCCGCCGGCAUUCCAGAGUAGAGGCCGAAUUGGCAGCAAGCCGGCCCGGAUCAGUCGCCGCCUCAGUCCGCGCGGGCCCUCCUAGGGGUGUGUCUCGCGGAUUCAACUCCCAGCCGCUCCUGGACGAACCCCUAAAGGCUUCUUCCUCUCUGGCGGGAGCCGCGCGCGCCCCUCUCUUCGCGCUGCUGGCCCGAGGCCGCCGCAGGCGGAUGCACGACCUCAGGAGACGCUGGGACCUGGGCUCCCUCUGCCGGGCCCUGCUCACCCGGGGCCUGGCCGCCCUGGGCCACUCGCUGAAGCACGUGCUCGGCGCGAUCUUCUCCAAGAUUUUCGGUCCCCUGGCCAGCGUCGGGAACAUGGAUGAGAAAUCCAACAAGCUGCUGCUGGCUUUGGUGAUGCUCUUCCUAUUUGCCGUGAUCGUCCUCCAAUACGUGUGCCCCGGCACAGAAUGCCAGCUCCUCCGCCUGCAGGCGUUCAGCUCCCCGAUGCCGGACCCGUACCGCUCGGAGGAUGAGAGCUCCGCGAGGUUCGUGCCCCGUUACAAUUUCAGCCGCGGCGACCUCCUGCGCAAGGUAGACUUCGACAUCAAGGGUGAUGACCUGAUCGUGUUCCUGCACAUCCAGAAGACUGGAGGCACCACUUUCGGCCGCCACCUGGUGCGCAACAUCCAGCUGGAGCAACCGUGCGAAUGUCGCGUGGGUCAGAAGAAAUGCACUUGCCACCGGCCGGGUAAGCGGGAGACCUGGCUCUUCUCCAGGUUCUCCACGGGUUGGAGCUGCGGACUGCACGCCGACUGGACCGAGCUCACCAGCUGCGUGCCCGCCGUGGUGGACAGCAAGCGCGACGCCAGGCUGAGACCGUCCAGGAACUUCCACUACAUCACCAUCCUCCGUGACCCAGUGUCCCGGUACCUGAGUGAGUGGAGGCAUGUCCAGAGAGGGGCGACAUGGAAAGCGUCCCUACAUGUCUGCGAUGGAAGGCCCCCAACCUCCGAAGAGCUGCCCAGCUGCUACACUGGAGACGACUGGUCUGGCUGCCCCCUGAAAGAGUUCAUGGACUGUCCCUAUAACCUAGCCAACAACCGCCAGGUGCGCAUGCUUUCUGACCUGACCCUCGUAGGCUGCUACAACCUGUCGGUCAUGCCCGAAAAGCAGAGGAACAAGGUCCUCCUGGAAAGCGCCAAAUCGAAUCUGAAGCACAUGGCGUUCUUCGGCCUCACCGAGUUUCAGCGGAAGACCCAGUAUCUGUUUGAGAAAACCUUCAACAUGAACUUUAUUUCGCCGUUUACCCAAUAUAACACCACUAGGGCCUCUAGCGUAGAGAUCAAUGAGGAAAUCCAAAAGCGUAUUGAGGGACUGAAUUUUCUGGAUAUGGAAUUGUACAGCUAUGCAAAGGAUCUCUUUUUGCAAAGGUAUCAGUUUAUGAGGCAGAAAGAGCAUCAGGAAGCUAGGCAGAAGCGUCAGGAACAACGCAAAUUUCUGAAGGGAAGGUUCCUUCAGACCCAUUUCCAGAGCCAGAGUCAGGGCCAGAGCCAGAAUCCGAGUCAGAAUCCGAGUCAGACCCCAAACCUAAAUGCCAGUCAGAAUGUGACUCAGAAUCUGAUUCAGAAUCUGAUUCAGAAUCUGACUCAGAGCUCGGGUCAGAAUCCGAGCCCGAAGGAGAAUCGGGAAAGCCAGAAGCAGAGCCCUGGCCAAGAGCAGAGCGAUGGCAACACCAGCAAUGACACCCAUGACUACAUAGGCAGUGUAGAGAAAUGGCGCUAAAUGGCUCCCAAAGGCUUUUGCACACUUCUCCCAAAGCGCCAGUCAAAAUAGGGCAAGUCUUCAAACAUGAGAGUGUCCAAACACAUCCUGCUUCCUUAAGUUUGGAAGUUACAAAAGUUAAGAUGUUGCCUUUACAGUUGCCUUUCAAUUCAGUGUUCUACUGUGCGUGGGUAAAACAAAUUUCAAUAUGUAAUUAAAUUGUCUUUUUUUUCUUUUUUGUUUGUGGGGAAUUUAUAAAAUCCAAAAGGCAAACCAGACUCAUCAGAAAUUGCUGUUUAGAUAUUUUCAGAAGUUCUUAAAUUAGUCAUAGAGACAAAAUGAAAACAUAAAAUGUGGCCGUUUAACUUACAGCUAAGAAAUGGACUUUACAUUAUUCAUGAUACACUGUUGAAACCCAGUCUUGGAAGCAAACAUUUUUUUCCAGGGGUAAGCAUGAAUAUAACACAAAAGAAACUAAAAUUAAACACGAACCUGUUCAUUUUCUUCUGAUUUUAACAAGGAAUCUAUUUUAAAAGAAUAAGAACUGAUGGUAGAGUUUACCAAACUGUAGAAAAUGAAAAACUUCUCUCCCAAACAUGGGUAGUUUUAUGUAAAAAUAUUGGCUUUCGAGUAGAACGGGACUCAUAUCUUGUUAUUUCAGAGAUGUUUAAAAUUUUAAACUUUUUCUGCCUUCUACUAUUUAAAGGUUUUAAACAGGGUGUAUCUCAUAUUAAAUAAAACACUUUUUCCAAAUGGAGUACCAAUGCAAAGAUCUAAUUUCCAGAUGAUUUCUGGGCACUGUAAUUUCAACAAUUCUGGACUCUUUUUGGCACUGCUUCUCAUUCAUUUUAAAGCUUCUCCUAGUUGUGCUCAUUCCAAACUAACCCGUUUUAGAAUCUUUCUUCAUCAUCUAAAUGGUGUGUUGCUGAAUUCAUUGUGAUAAUAUAAUCCUGGAUUAAAGUCGGGACUUUCUUUCUGUAGAAUUGUCUUAUCAAUGUUUGUGUAGUGAGGUCCUUAUCAAGAAACUCUUGAACAGGAUAAUGUGUCUUAAAAUAUUGCUCAAGUUAUUAUUCUUGAUCAGAUAGAAUUAAACCUGAAUGUGAAUGAAUUGUUAUUUACUUUUUGUGCAUUUUUAUUGUAAUGUUUCCAGUUGGGCUGGCUAUUUUCUAGCCCAUUAGUUCUUUUUCAUGUUGACAGAGUAUAGACAAUUACAAGAGAAAAAACAAGGCUAGAAGAAGCACUAGGAUAGUCAGCAUUAUUCAGUAACACCAAAAGCUUUACCUCCAUACUUUGGGUGAACCGUGUACCAGGUUUUGUUUUGAGAAAACAAAAGGCAGGAGUGUUCUGCAUUGAGGUUAAACAUCAGAAGCAUAUGGAUUGAAGAAAGUGAUUUGGUAUUGGAAGUCUGUGCAGAAAUACUUUUAGGGUAUCAACUGCGAAUUGCGCAGGGCACAAGGAAGGAUGUAACCCACCGUGCAAGCAGGCAUCCUGAUUCUGGGCAGUUUCCAUUUUACGGGUUUUGCUAUCCUUUCAUAAGGACUUAUGCUAAGCCCCUGGCUGUCAAUCAAAAAGGCAACUGGAAGUGGCAUUUAUGUUUUCACGAGGGACAUGCUUAGAAGUGUGACCAUAAAGUCACAUCUUGUACAAUCUGCUCAUUUGCAUGAUCUAGUUUCAUCUGUAAUAAUAAGGCCACAAGCUGGACAAGAAGCUGAGUACUUGGUUAAAAAAUAAAUGUUCUUGACUCUGCACUUGUAUCAGUAGAUCUAAAUUUUGUUUUGUCCGACAGUAUCGCAGUCCUGGGAAUCUGAGAACUGGAAAACUGAAAGGAAAAAAAUUUUCAAAAUCCAAAACAUCUUGAAGUCAAACUGUUUUAGAGUGAAACUAUUUUGUGUACUUUGUGUUUUUAAACUAAUGAUUCUGUAGAUCACUGUGGUAUUUCAAUUUUGUUUUGUUUUGAUUGAUAUUGUUUGCUCUUAAAACUGAUAGGUACUGCUGGAAAGCAGGUUGAAGCCCGAGCCAGUGGAAAAGCUUGUUACAGAAAAAAAUAUUUUGUGUUAUUGCUGUGGUGUGCAUGGUUUGCAGAGAUUAAGUGCAUUUUCUCUGUCUAUACUGAUUUAUUGUAUAUAGGGGACGUUAUAAAUAUACAUUUUGGUCACCAUCAUGUAAAUCCCAUGAUUUUGACUGUAAACAUCUUUCCAGUGGUGUAGCUUUACAAACCAUUCACUGAUUUUUGUGUAAUUUAACAAUAGAUAUGAAAUAAACUUUAAAUUACA